AUGACUCAAGAUCUGACGUUACGGACAAAUACGUCUAUCACAUCAAGACAUUUCAUGGCUCAGAAUGUCAGACAAAGAGCCAACAUAUCAAGGAAUAUUCGCAGAAAUCAAGUGAUUACUGUGUCAAACUGGCAUGGUGACGUCAUGCCAGCUCAGCCGCCUCCUUCAGACAUUGUUCCUCUAAAAUCCGCCAAUUAUAGUGUGUGUACUAUCCUGAUGGGAGGCCUUGGCAACCAAAUGUUCCAGUUUGCAACGACCUAUGGAUUAGCUGCCAAGAAAGGAAUGUCUGUAGCCAUUGACAAAACGGAUCACUUGACAAAGAUUUUCAAAUUGGGUGUUGUCGAAAAGGAAAAUUAUCGAAAUAUUUGCAAAACAUUCGUUGGGAGAGGAGAACAAUUAAAUUGUGGAUAUGAUGACAAAAUGGCUACUUUUCCACCAAAUAAUAAUUAUAGAGUUGGUUCUUAUCUCCAGUCAUGGAUGUAUUUCUAUAAUGCUUCUACUUCUCUUCGAAAACAUUUCGUGUUCCAAGAUUCCAUCAAAGAAACGCAAAACAAGGUGAUCGAUUCAGUUUUGAAAAAGUAUAAUUUUACAUCUCGUUCCAACGUGACUUUGAUAGGUGUUCAUAUAAGAAGAGCAGAUUUAGUGAAUCACACGUUUGGAUAUAUGGUUGCUAGUAAGAGUUACCUUCAGAAAUCUGUAAACUACUUUCAAUCGAAAGAACUAAGAAACGUUAUUUAUAUAAUUGGUUCCAAUGAUAUGAAAUGGUCAAAGAAAAGUAUGCCAAAAGGAGUCCGUUCGGACUAUAUGGAGGGGAAUUCCCCUGAAGUGGACAUGGCUAUUCUUGGCUCGUGUGACCACAUGAUCAGCACGGUAGGCACGUUCAGCUGGUGGUCAGCAUGGAUGACCGGUGGGGAGGUCACUUUCUACCAGUGGCCAGCUAAGGAAGGGUCUGCAUUACGGAGACAGUUUAGCAAAGACUACAAAGACUUUUUCUACCCAGGAUGGAUUGGAUUUUCCUAA